CUUUCCUCCAUCAUCACCACACCACACAACACUCCUUGUCCGCAAAGAUGUCAUUGGCAUCAACAAUUUCCCGCUUCAGCGGUGCAAGCGGGAGCAGCUCACUCUCUUCCGCAGGCCCGUCAGAUGCACACGACCUCUCGUCCGACUUCGAUGCCCCUACCUUUGCCUUGCCCGCCAAUGGAGCUGGCCCAGCCUCGUUCCUUUCCCAGUUCACAGACGUAGACUCGUCGAACCCCUCCGCCCGCAUCAAGCUCCACCACGGCACCACUACCCUCGCUUUCCGCUACCAGGGUGGCAUUCUCGUCUGUGUAGACUCACGAGCAACAGCGGGGUCCUACAUCGCCUCGGGAACGGUCAAGAAGGUCAUCGAGAUCAACCCUUACCUUCUUGGAACUAUGGCCGGUGGUGCAGCUGACUGCCAGUAUUGGGAGACGUAUUUGGGGAUCCAGUGCAGACUGCAUGAGCUCAGGAAUAAGGAGAGGAUCAGUGUGGCUGCGGCGAGCAAGUACCUGGCAAAUCUAGUAUAUGGAUACAAGGGGAUGGGCCUUAGCAUGGGUACUAUGAUCUGCGGGUGGGACAAGACGGGCCCUGCCCUCUUCUACGUCGACUCGGAUGGCUCUCGACUGAAGGGCGACGUCUUCUCCGUCGGCUCAGGCUCCACCUUUGCGUACGGUGUGCUUGACCAGGGUUACAAGUGGGAUCUGACCGACGAAGAGGCUAUGGAGCUGGGUAGGAGGGCAAUCUACGCUGCGCAGCACCGCGAUGCGUACUCUGGUAACACUCUCAAUCUCUACACAGUCAAGGAGCAAGGAUGGGUCUACCACGGCAACCUGGACGCGGCCGACCUCCACUACGGGGGACCACCUGCUGGUCACCCGGCAUCGCAGGGAUCGAAGGCUGGAGAGGGAUACGGAUAUGAGGUCCGUACGCAAGGUCUCAGUAGCAAGGACACGCAGAGGGAGGGAGAGCAGAGGCCCGCGGGAGAGACACCUCAGCCAGCUGCUGUGCCCGGAAGUGCGAGCCAGGGGCCGACGACUGCUGGAACAGGUUCAGGAGCGUGAUUAGCAGAGACUGAAGGGAUAGAAAGAGGAUCGAGUGGCGAAGCGAUCGAAUGGCCAUUUCAGAGUUCACACGACUGUACGCUGUGAAGCAGUGACUCCCAACAUCGUCCUGUCUGACGCCCCCCGCCCCGCCUACUUCUUCUUGCCCGUCUCCUUCCUCAAAGGCGACCCCGCCCUAGCCUGUCUGCCACCACUCAUCCAGUCCAAAUCAUCCACAUC